AUGGUCUCUUUUUGGCCCUGGAAGGGCGAUGACAACUCGGCCGCGUCCUUCGAAAAGACACUAUCCACACUCUCUACCAAGAUCGCCCAGACCACCGCUCGCCUAGAUCAGCAACGCCAGAGCUCUCGUCGCUUCAAGGCUCUUUGGACUCUAUACUCAACCUUUGCCUACCUGUUUUAUUCCAUUGUUCUUGCACUGGUGCUAGGAUGGGAAAGCUGGGGCGUGAAAGAGUAUGCUGCCAUCGCCGGCGGUCCUGUUCUAAUCUAUGGCGUUCGAACAAUCAGCGCUCGCCUGUUUGAGUAUCGCAUCUCGAAGGGUCAGCGCGGCCUAGACGAUCUACACAAACUACGCGAGGAGACUAUUGAGAAGCUCAAGGUCGCUACCAAAUACAACUCCACGCAACAGUUGCUCGAGAAGUAUGGUGGCGAGUCUCCCAAGCAGUCUCCGAGCCCCAAAGCUCAACCCCAACAUCCCAAGCAUGCCAACCAGCAACCAACUCCUCAACGCACCGGACUUCCUCCCCCACCAACUGCAAACAUUCGCCGCCCUCAGCCACCCACCGGUGCAGAAAACACUCUCCCUCCAUCCUACCAGACUCCGCCCCACCAACAGCCGCAACAACAACAACAAGAACAACAUCAACAACAGGUUCCCCACACUCCGUCUCCGAUCCCACAGACACCCAUCGACGAGCCGGGCUUCGCGCCCAACGCAUUCCCCAGUUCGGGCCAAUAUAUCGAACAGCCACACUGGUAUGAUCGCCUAUUGGACGUGCUGCUAGGCGAGGACGAGAUGCAGCCUCGAAACCGCAUGGCCAUGAUCUGUACGUCCUGUCGAUUGGUCAACGGCCAGGCACCCCCAGGUAUCAAGACACCGGAGGAGCUCGGUCGCUGGCGAUGUGGCAGUUGUGGGGCGUGGAACGGUGUUGAGAACGAGACCACUCAGAUGUUAUCCAGUCUGCGUCAAGGGUCUGUCGCCGAGGGAUCUUGGGGACCGGGCCCUGGUGUGGAGGUGGAUCCGCAGUCUCAGUCUGAGGUUGAGCAUGAGCACGGGGAUCUGACACCCCCGACGGAAGAAGAGCAGAGUACCGACUCGGAGAUUUCACAACCGGAGGCGGCAAUUAAACAGGAAGAGCCCCGCGCGGAGCCUGUACGCCGGUCCACACGUGGCAAGGCGAAGCAGUAG